AAAAAACAUGAAAACAUUCAUACGUGGGUAGUUUUUUUUACAGUUGCAUCUGCGUCAGGAAUUUUGUCGAAAUUGUUGAACAUAGGAAGCAGAAUUGAAGAUAUUUUUAUCCGUCUUCACCUGGUGGAAGUUGUGAUCAAAUAUAUAGCAUUAAUUUACGAUGGCCGAUCUUAAGAAGGACUUGGAUGAGUAUCUGCUGCUGCAGAGCGAUCAAAAGAAGAGCUUCAAACUCGAGAUGCCAAAGAUGCCCUCGAUUCCCACCCCCGGGCUUAUGGGCAAGCUUUUCGGCAAGAAUCAGGAGCCAGAGGCCAACAGUUGGUUGAAGGAUACACAGGACACUUGCUGUCCGAAGUUGAGUCGGAUACAGCGAAUCGUUGGGUUUGUGACAUGUAUGGGACUUGGAGUGUUCUGUAUGAUAGUUUCUACAUUCUACAUUCCGGUGUUGAUCUUCAAGGCUAGGCAAUUUGCACUUCUCUACACUUUGGGAAGCGUUUUCUUUAUUAUGAGUUUUUCAUUCCUGAGCGGUUUUGGAGCGAUGUUUCGACAGAUGUUUUCCCGAGAGCGUUUGGCGCUUUCCAUUUCGUACAGCUGUUGUUUGGUGGCCACGUUGUACUUCGCGAUGAUUGAGAAAAGCACCGCAUUCACGGUUCUGUUUGCUGUCGCACAAAUUAUUUCUCUACUGUGGAUGAUUCUGGGAGCAGUUCCAGGUGGUUUGACCGGUGUCAAGUUCUUCGGACAAAUGUUCCGCAGUUCCGUAUCGAACACAUUGCCGGUGUAAGCGAACAAACGAACGAAAGCUUGUAUGUACAAAGUGGCGUAGACAGGUGGAUAUAAUUGAAUGUUAUUGAAUAUUCGAACUACAUUGAAAAUGAAAAUUCUCACUAGCAUCAAAUCCUUAUCAAGAUAUCUUAUCUUCAUCUCAUUAUAGUAUUUUUUUAUAAUAAAAAUAAAGUCUCUAGUAUCAAUGAGACAAACCAAG